GAUGAGUGAGAAUAGUUGACAGCUAACGGCUAAAUUGGCAAAAACACCAUUUCCUGAGUACAUGCAAAACAAGCUUACAUGUCACUGACGUUGCUUAUUCAUCGCUGGAUAUCUUUGUGAAGUUAUAGCUGGUUUGUUUAUCGGAAUUUGAAGCACAUGGGCAAAGAGACGAGAUUCGGUAUCGGAAUUGACAAAACACUACAAUUGGGGGACAUCGUAUUCACCAACUUGGUGUACAAGAGGCAGCAGCAUAACGUUUCACGGUGCUAUUUUUAUCUGACAACGAAACAUUUUCCCAUUUCGUCAUCAUGAUGGAGUAUUUCAAUCCGGAGGAAGUGGAUGCACUUUCACUGCAAGAUAUGAUUGAUUGUGACAUCAAAACAGACAUCGACAAUUUGUUGCAGAUUCAAAACUCGGAGAAGAUGAGUUCGCUGGAGUACUGUUUACAGCAGAUAAACAGUUGCGAUGUCGGCAACAUCCACAACAACAAUAACUUGGAAUAUACUCCAUUAAAUCUGGAUAUUCCUAUGGAUACCAAAAAUUCUUGGGGCACGUCAGAAGCAGAGCGACUUCAUCAGCUAGUGGAGGUGGAAAAUACCGACCCCAAUUUGCUAGUUAACCCUCAGACUGGAGUGCCAAUACACCAUGAACAGAUGGAGAGUGAAUCAGCUGCAACUUUAUUACCUCGUUUGUCCAUGAACAUUCAGACACCGACAGUCGUGGGACUUAUUUCUGCCACACCACCUCAAUUCAUAACAGAAACUACUCUUAAUUCAAUGACAACGACAGGCAGCAACUCGCCUUUACGUUUGUCGUCGGCUACCAGCGGCCAUGCCGUAACGUUCUCUCAAAGCAGCCCGGCUGGACAGGUCAGAGAAAACGGUAAUAUUCAGGUGGAAAUCGGAAUGGCAUCGCCUUCACAAACUAACCCUGUCCUGCUUGAACAGUUGCAGAAUCCCAUCGGGUUACAUUCGCCAAGGAAAUUGCAGUGUGUUACCAACACACAUCUAACCAGUUUUUGUAGAGCAAACGGAAACCUAUCGGCAAAACGGACGGUGGAUACAGAGGCUGAGCGCGUAUACGCCAAACCUGCUUAUUCCUACAGCUGUUUGAUUGCUAUGGCCCUGAAAAACAGCAAAAAUGGCAGUUUACCUGUUAGUGAAAUUUACCAUUUUAUGACGUCUAACUUUCCCUACUUCAAGACAGCACCCGAUGGCUGGAAGAACUCGGUCAGACACAAUCUGUCACUAAACAAGUGUUUUGAAAAAGUUGAGAACCCAAACAAUACAGGAAACACACGCAAAGGCUGUCUCUGGGGCCUGAACCCUGCUAAGGUGGAGAAAAUGGAAGAGGAGAUUGUCAAGUGGAGGAAAAAAGAUCCAGAGUCCGUGAAAAACAGCCUAGCUAACCCAGAGAAGUUAGAGCUGAUAGAAUCAGGACGUGCAGGGUCUCCUCCAUCCCAGUCACAUCGCCGUCCUUCCCAAACCUCUGAGCAUGACAUCACAGAUGUCAACAGCGAUCAAUGUGCCCAGCUACUACUCACAUCUGACGACAAUCCGUCCAAACCUAAAAGUGUUGCUGAGAUGUUGAGUGUGGACAUGACAGGAUUGGACUCCAGCCUUGCUUUGGAUCCAGUACUCUCCGAGCUUGCUUCUCAGAGUGGAUUAUGGGAUGAUGACCUGACCAGUGACCUCAAGUUAGAUGUGCCUUUCUCCUCCUCUCCCCUGACCACCUGUAACUCACCCCUACUGACACAGCCCUCACCUUUAUCAGGGUUUACCAGCUGUGACAGUACCAUUCAGGGAAGCUAUGUGUACACAACCGCACCAUUCCACCUCAUAGAGCAGUCCCCAGUGUCCAAGCAAAUCACCAUCUACACCCAGACGCCCAGCAGAACUUUGUCUGCUCAAACAUAAUGACUCGUUUUCAUCUAGUCAGAUGUAUUCCUUUUCUAGGAGAAUAUGUGUUUUUGUUGUUUAAGUUUUUCAUGUUUCACACUGUAUAAGCUCAGGCAGCAUUAAGAGGGAAAUUGGUACUGUUUUUACAGCUGUUUUAAUGCCUAUUUGAAAGUGUGCUUUUUUAAUUGAAAACAAAACUGAGAAAAAUUCCACUGAUUUUUAAUAUAUUGUCAUUAAUUGUGUGUGUGUGUGUGUAUAUGGUGUGCAACAAUUUUUUUCAAGGUUUUUGAGAAAGUUUUUUUGAGUUUUUUUAUCAUAAGCUCAUUUUACAUGUAGCAUCUAAGGUUGUCCUCAUGGUGUGUAUGCCAGUCCAUACUUGUCUUUCUACUCAGCGUUCACACUUCCCUGUCAAGUGCUUGACACUCCCCUGUCAACAUGCUGCGCACUCCCCUGUCAACAUGCUGCACAUUUCCCUGUCAACGUGCUGCACACUCCCGUCAACAUGCUGCACACUCCCCUGUCAACGCGCUGGACACUCCCCUGUCAACGUGCCACACACUCGCCUGCCAACGUGCCGCACACCCCCUGUUAACUUGCUGCACACUCCCCUGCCAAUGUUCCGCGCACUCCCCUGCCAACAUGCCACACACUCCCCUGUCAGCGUCCUGUACACUCCCCUGUCAGUGUGCUGCACACUCCCCAGUCAACAUGUUGCACACUCCGCUAUCUGUUUGUUUAUCUGGUCUUUAGGUACAUGUAUGCAUCUAAAUCACUUCCAAAUUUUGCAAGUUUUGGCAUCUUCAUUACAGUUUUGAUCAGUGCAAAUAUCUCUCUACUGCUUGAUGUAAAACAAUUCCAAUUACCAAAGCUAAAACAAAUUUUGCAGAUAUUCUCUUGCGGAAACAGUGCAUUUAUAACAGAACAGCACUAAAUCCAAAACAAUUAAGAGAGACAACUCCUUGGCAGUGAGAAGUUUGAGUGUUGAUUUUUGGCUAGCAUGACUUGAUGAGAUUGGUGUAUGCACAUUUGCAUGAUGUUAAUGAACAUGCUUGCAUUUUCAUGUGGGUAUAUACAUGUAUGUAUGGAACUUUAACUUUCAUUACUGUUUUGUAUAUUGACACUUACAUUAUUCCAUUACUAAAUAUCACCAAAUAAUAUAAAAUAAAAUUUUUUGUUUGGAAACUUUCUCAUAACUUCACCCUAUGCAAUACAAGACAUUGGUGCUGUUCACAAAGUGUUAUGUUGACCUGUAUAUUUUAUCAAAUAUUGAUUUCUGAGAACUUCUAUUGUUGUGAAGGGUGAGGGCACAUAACUUGUGUAUACUUUUCUACCCAAAUUUCUACAUAUUGUGGAUCAGAUCCAACAUUUUGUUUGCCGCAUUGCCUUUCUUGCAUUUAUCUUUUUUAUGCUCAAGUUAAUAAGUAAAAGGCAACAUUGAAAAUGUAAUUUUCAAAUGCUACAUAUAGUCUUAAAAUUGUUCUGUAAUCUCUUUUUAAUUGCUUUAAUUUGUUUUGAAGUAAAUGUUCUUUAUGCAUUCGAUGUAGCGCUGGCACUAUGACAUUGACAUACAUCGCAUAAGACGAGAAAUUUAUAUGAAAGCUUACUGGAAUUUUAUGGAAAAAAAACCCCAGCAAUAUUCAGCAAUUUUGUGUUAAUCUGUUGCAACAGAUGUGUUUGGAUCCCUUUUAGGAUGAAGAAAUUAUUGUUCGUUAUUGGUGCAUCUAUAUAUUUAUUUGUGCAUUUUAUUAAUGACUUUUGCUGUACACUGAUCUCUUCAUUGGGAAAUAUAGAUUUCCUGGUAUUGUACACAUCAUUGGAAAUGUCUCUAUCUGACCUCUGACCUGUCAGUCAGGUGCAAAGGCUUUUCUGUAAAGCUGGUACAUAUACAUUUGGAACAUAGAACACCAAAUCUCUACUGAUGAGUUGUGUUUUUCCAUUGUCCGGUAUCUGUGUCAUUAAUGGCCAUAAAUACAUUGUCAUUAAUGGCCGUAAAUGCUGUCAACUGUCUUGUUAGAGCUGAUCAUGUAAUAGCUUACUGUAAAUGUUCACAGUGUAGGUGAACAACCACUUAUAGUAAGCAAUAAGACUUGUGUGAGCUGUUAACCUCUCAGUGCUUUGUGAAACAUUUCAUAAAUGCCUGCAGGGGCCAGAAUUCAAAAACGCCAUUUCUGACUUGAGUCAAAUUUAAAACCACAUCACAACCCUUAGGUUUUCGUGCUGAAAGAUGAAAUUUUGACACAUUUGUCUUUUUGAUAACAGUUAAAAGGUAGUCACAGCUUUAAUGUCUAGUGUCCAAAAAUAAGUUCUAAAAUAUUAUUAUUCAAUAAGUUUUGACACAGGUCAGAAAUAGCUUUGUAGAAUUGGCCCCAGAGUUGUUUCUUUGAAAGUCAAGUAGUAAAUGUUGGCUAUUUUAAGUGCUUUGUUUUUUGUUUGUUCCCUCCUUUGUUUGUACAUAAAAAUUUAUUGUGUGUCUUUUACUCUGAAUGUUAAUGAAUUCAUACUUUUUAACAGUGAAUGUUCAGAUAAAGUUCAUUGUCUAGGUUUGUAACUGUAUGUAAUUAUGAUUGACAACUUGAUGGGCAGCAAUGAACACAGAAAUAUCCGUGUGCAUUUCAUCACUCAGUGAUGUAAAUUAUCAUUUAUAUUUACCAAAUGUAAAAUGGUAAUUGUGACAUCCAUUCCCACCUUACGAAAAAAAAAAAAAAAUGAUUAUUUGUGCCUCUUUGAUGUAAGUAAAUUUUGCUGUUUUGUUUCACCUUGGUGUGAAAGAAAAAGUUGGUAUGACCAAUUUAUGAUGUAUAUAGAAAGCUAGUAAAACUGCCAAUCC